AAGCGUGCAGUACAGCAACACCUCACGGCACACAGUUUGUGUAAGAGCCCGCAUCGCAUCAAACCUCAAGACUCCCCGCACCCACAGGACGCCUACCGCAGAGACACCAUCAAAUCGCCACCAUGGCCGCAACGAUGGUAGCCAGCACAAAGUCGGUUGGCGAGCUCAACCGCGAGUGGUUUGACUCCAUGGCCGUGUCCGCGUAUAAAGCGGACUGGGUUCGCGACCUCAUGCAGCAGAUCAGCUCUUUUCUGCGGGACCACGUCGACUGGAUCGCGAAACCACGAGAAGGAGGACUCAAGAUUCUUGACUAUGCCUGUGGCGGAGGCAUCGUGUCGAUGAGCUUGGCGCCUUAUGCUUCCACGCUUCGAGGCAUCGACAUCUCCGGCGGUAUGGUUGAGCAGUAUAAUGACACGGCACGCCACCUGGGCCUGUCUGCGGACAAGAUGCACGGCGUCCGCGGUGACCUACUCAACGACACCGUGGCUAUGAGCGGCUCGGAGCUUAGCGGGUUCGACGCCGUGCUGAUGUCGAUGGCCCUCCACCACGUCGCCGACCCCGCCAAGAUGAUCAAGAAGCUCGCCGAGCGUCUGGCGCUGGGGGGGUCGCUGGUGAUUAUUGACUGGAUUUCGCACGCGAGGACACCGGCGGGCCAGACGCCGCAUCCGGCAUCUCACACCAUUACGCGUCACGGAUUUAGCGAGGAGGAGAUGCAAGCAAUGUUCACUGAUGCUGGGCUGUCUGAUUUUGGGUACCUUUUGCACCCUCAGAGGUCCAAGAUGCCGAUGGGUGGCGAGCAGCAGCUGUUUUUCGCGAGAGCCAGAGCCCCGCUAGCAAAUCAACACCUCUAGCGGGUAAGUUGGCGUUGAGGUGAACUAGACUUUCAUAGAGCCCUCAAUGUUACACGUACGAAAUAGUAUAAUGAUAGAUACAGUCACUUG